UAUUAUAUAUAGUUUCUCAAUAAAACAUUAACUCGAUCCUCAUAAAUAAACACCUCCAAAACUAGCAAAAAAUGGCCAAAGCGCCACCAUCAAUCUCUCUCCUCCUCCUCCUCCUCUCAGCCGCCGUAUUUCUCACCCUCCCCGCCACUAUAUCCUCCAUAGGCGUCAACUACGGCACUCUAGGAAACCUCCCACCGCCGACUCAGGUGGCGAACUUCCUCAAGAAUCAGACUUCCAUUGACAGCGUCAAAAUCUUCAACGUGAACCCCGAUAUCAUCCGUGCCUUCGCCGGAACUGGAAUCUCCGUCUUCGUUACCGUCCCUAACGUUGAUAUUCCGGCGUUAGCUAACGGAGUACAAGCUCGUCGGUGGGUUUCUGCUAAUAUUUUGCCGUUUCACACUCAGACGAAGAUCAAGUAUAUCUCCGUCGGUAAUGAGAUUCUUCUCUCCGGAGAUGAUAACUUGAUCAAGAAUCUUGUACCGGCGAUGAAGAAUCUUUUCGCUGCUUUGUUUCAUGCUGGUGUCACAGAUAUCAAGGUUACAACCGCACAUUCGCUUAACAUCAUAGUCAAUGAACUCAACGGUGCACCAAGCAGCGGUCGAUUCAGACCUGGCUGGGACAAAGGUGUGUUGGCUCCAAUCCUAGCGUUCCAUCGCCAGACCAAGUCUCCUUUCGUGGUCAACCCUUACCCUUACUUCGGUUUCGAUCCCAAAAACGUCAACUUCGCCAUUUUCCGCUCACCGUGCCAGACCGUCCGUGACCCGUUAACCGGCAAAGUUUACACAAACAUGUUCGAUACUCUCAUGGACUCGACUUACUCAGCCAUGAAAGCUCUUGGCUACGGUGAUGUUGACAUCGUCGUUGGUGAGACAGGCUGGCCGUCUGCUUGCGAUGCACAUUGGUGCACUCCUGAAAACGCGGCUUGGUACAACCGCAACAUUAUUAAACGUGCUCAAGGCAAAGGAACACCUCUCAUGCCUAACAGACGGUUCGAGACGUACAUUUUCAGUUUGUUCAACGAAGAAGGCAAGCCUGGUCCAACCGCAGAGCGGAACUGGGGGCUUUUCUGGCCAGAUUUUGCCCCGGUUUACGACGUUGGCCUCCUCAGAAACAAACAAAGUGGUGGCCCCCCAACACCAGCAUUGCCAGCGCCUAUUGCUGGUGGUGGUAAAUGGUGUGUGGCCAAGUGGGGAGCUACUGAUGGGCAGUUGCAGGGAAAUAUUAACUGGGUGUGUAGCCAGGGAGGCGUUGACUGUAAACCGAUCCAAACCGGUGGUUCGUGCUCUAACCCCAACAGUUUGAGGACACAAGCGUCUUUUGUGAUGAAUGUUUAUUUCCAGAAACACGGUCAAACUUACGAGUCGUGUUAUUUCAGUGGAAGCGGAGUCAUAGUAGGGGAAAAACCCAAGCAAUGGUGCGCGUAAGUACUAAGUGCGACAUCCUUUGAAGAGAAUUUUCUAUGUAACAUUUAUUUGGAAUAAAAAAAAGACUUAAAAUUA